CAAAAUUCGGGUUUAUUUGAAGAUCUGAAAUUAAAGGGUUUGCUGGUUCAGUAUGCGUGGAAGCCACCGCAAAUGGUUUGGGAUUCGGUGGUGACUUGAUGAUCACGUUGUGGAAUCUGUUGUCGGACUUGAAGAGUUUGGUGACAGUUGCUCUCCCUUGAUUUGUCAAACCGAGGAUAAGUUGGGUUGUCGCGAUCCGGCACCUGGCACAUCAUAGUUUACUAAUUUGACAAUGACAAAUCAUCACGCUUGGAGACAUUAUUGCCUUCCUGCUGCUCAAGGAAAUGCAACGCCUACACUCUAUCUAUUAGCGGCUCCUUCAACACAGCCCAAAAACGAAAUUAUCAUCAUUCCUGAUGAAGUUGAGCAAGAAAAUGAACGCAAACGAAUCUCCUGGAGUAUUCAUGAUAACAAGGUGCUUGCAGACGCUUGGCUCUCAAUUUCCAAAUGUCACGGUGGAGGUAAGUCCAAAAAUAGAAAAUGUUUUUGGAAACAGGUUACAGAUUGCUACAAUGAGAACCGGGAGUCUGGACCUUCGAGAGAACAUAACGCUGUCAAAGCACAUUGGCAUUCCGUCAAUCGUAUGGUAAGUGCAUUCGACCAAUGUUAUAACGAGGUGGUCAGUGUGCAUGGUAGGGAGUGGAAUGAUGAUCAAGUCAAACAACGUGCUCGUGAAUUUUUCUAUGAGAGUUAUAGUAGGCAUUUUGUACAUGAAUAUCUGUGGGUAUUGCUGAAAGAUGAUUCGAACUGGAAAGGUGUCACUUGUGCGCAACUUUCUGCCAAGAAGUUAAGGACUGAUGGAAAUGGAGGAGAAUCUGCUUCAGGUGUUACUUCUAUGCAAAUUUCCGCCAAGAGGCCAAGGACUGAUGGAAAUGGAGAAUCUGCGUCAGGUGUUACUUCUCUACAAUAUGCUGCCAAGAAGUUGAGGACUGAAGGAAAUGGAGAAUGUGCUUCUUCAUCUGGUCAGGAUUCAAGAGCAAUCAUCAGUAACAGUGAAUCUGGAACUCCUUAUACAGGCCAAAAAGCAAUUAAGCAGGAGAAGGAAGGAGGAGAAUCAAAUGGGAGUGAUGGCGAAAAAAAUCAUCAGGCCAUGGAGAAAAAAUCUGAUGACGGAAAAAGGAAAGCUUUGAAAAGUAUAGCUAGCACAGUGGAUAGCCAUACAUUCAGAAGCGACUAUGAAAUCUUGGUAAGAGAUACAACUGGAAUGAAUGAGCAGCAACUAGCCGCUCAUCUGCAUAUGUGUUCCAUAUUAAAAGCAAAGUAUAAUUUUCCCUAGUGUAUCUUCCUUUGUGUCUGUGUCCUGGGCGACAUAAGGACACAUGCUCUGCCUUUUGUUGUUAGUUUAAUUUUCAUGUUUUAUAGUUUGGAUAUUUAUACCUAUUGUAAAAGAAAUUGAACUAUUGUACUUAUUUCUUUAGUUGUAUUAUUUCUUGG